CAUGAGCACGCAGGGUGGCGCGUGAGGUGAAGUCCGAACCCUCAUGCCUGACUUCAUGUGCUCAUCCGGGUACUUCUAUCGUAAACAAGACAUUGGGAUCUUGAGACUAAAACAAUGUUUUGAAUGCAUUCUAAGGUCUUAACAUGUUCAUGCAAUUAUUCAACUAUCUCCUAAGUUUGUGUAAGGAAGAUAUAUAACUCCUAAGUGUGUAAAAGUUGUUGUUCAUGCAGAAAAAAAAGACAAAAAAAAAAUUAACUGCGCCAUUAAUUUUUUUUAUUUAAUAUUACUCGAUAUAACUUCAUGAAUAAGUGUAUAAAAAAGCUGAAUAUGCUCCAGAGGUCAUAAUAAAGCUUGUACGCUCAGUGAACACAGUUAGCUUGCGUUGUCUCAUUUAGGUCAGGGAGAGCACGCUGCAGAAACGUGACAACGCUUGGAAGCGAACUCGACCCUCUCAGCCAAUCAGAACGCUCAGAGCUGCGUGCGUCACGUAUGGGCGGAGUCACGGCUGUAGGUGCGGUGACUGGAUGUUCAGCAGCUAAUCGUAGACGUUGAGGACAUUUUCUCCUGCAAAGCUGCUCUAAAACUACCGCUGAGACGUGGAAGAGACGACACACACGGACUGCUUCGGAUUUAUAAGAGCUAAGUGAAUAUAUUGAUGACAUUAAGUCGAAGAAUUUGACAGAACUGCUGUUGGAAUUGUGGUUUUUACAUAACCAGCUUUCUCUGUAGUCUCGGUUGGCUUGCCUUCGUGUCUCACAGAAACCAACGGCUCAAAUUAACCUCUGUGUUAUUACAGUGUUAUUACAGCAGCGUUAAUAGACUUAUUAAACUGUUAUACCUGUAAAAUCUUUCAACUACGUGUUCAUUUUUACUCGCUUUUUUCAGUAUUCAGAAUAACAAGUUAUACAACAAGCCCUCUGCUGCCCGUUAGACAUCCGGGUCCUAACGCCCGCCGCGCGCACAGCCCAGAUGGUUGUGAAGGUUUGUAAAUACUUUGACAUCAUGGAGAAGGUUCUGUUAGAGCAAGGCUAAUAAUACUGGACUGAAGUGAUCCAAGACUCACACACUGUAUGCUUUAAAGGCAUACAAGCUCUCUCUGUCACUCACUCGGACCCCUGUGGACCCCUGUGGACUCUGUCUCCUGUGUUUUUUUUCUUGGACAUACUUUUUGAAACAAUCACAGAGUUAAAGGAUUAAAAAAAGAAGCAAAGUGAACACUUGAAGGACUUUUUCACCCCUCAUUCAAAACCCACACCAAGCACUCGUCCAGUCGAGUAAUGGUCAUUAAUACGGUGCACUGGUUCAGGAAGGGCUUGCGGCUCCAUGACAACCCGUCGCUGAAGGAAUCUCUGCAGGGAGCGGACACCGUGCGCUGCGUCUACAUCCUCGACCCCUGGUUUGCUGGAUCGUCCAACGUUGGGAUCAACAGGUGGAGGUUCUUACUGCAGAGUCUCGAGGACUUAGACUCCAGUCUCCGUAAGCUCAACUCAAGACUGUUUGUGAUAAGAGGCCAACCCACUGAUGUCUUUCCCAGACUUUUCAAGGAAUGGAAUAUCUCUCGUUUGUCUUACGAGUACGACUCUGAGCCGUUUGGGAAGGAGCGAGAUGCAGCCAUUAAGAAGCUGGCCUCUGAGGCCGGCGUGGAGGUGACAGUCCGCAUCUCUCACACACUCUAUGACCUGGACAAGAUCAUAGAGUUGAACGGAGGGCAGUCCCCUCUCACCUACAAGCGGUUCCAGACCCUGAUCAGCCGCAUGGACCCUGUGGAGCUUCCUGCAGAGUCCAUUACAGCUGAAGUCAUGGGGAAGUGCACUACGCCGCUGUCCGAUGACCACGACGACAAGUUCGGGGUCCCGUCUCUGGAGGAGCUCGGCUUUGACACGGAGGGUCUGUCCUCAGCCGUGUGGCCGGGCGGAGAGACUGAAGCGCUCACAAGACUAGAGCGACAUUUGGAGAGGAAGGCGUGGGUCGCCAACUUCGAGCGUCCAAGAAUGAACGCCAACUCUCUGCUGGCCAGCCCGACAGGCCUCAGUCCGUACCUGCGCUUCGGCUGCCUCUCCUGUCGCCUCUUCUACUUCAAACUCACCGACCUCUACAAGAAGGUGAAGAAGAACAGCUCCCCUCCUCUCUCGCUCUACGGUCAGCUCCUGUGGCGCGAGUUCUUCUACACGGCGGCCACCAACAACCCCUGCUUCGACAAGAUGGAGAGCAACCCCAUCUGCGUGCAGAUCCCCUGGGACCGCAACGCCGAGGCGCUGGCCAAGUGGGCGGAGGGCCGGAGCGGCUUCCCCUGGAUCGACGCCAUCAUGACCCAGCUGAGGCAGGAGGGCUGGAUCCACCACCUGGCCCGACACGCCGUGGCCUGUUUCCUGACGCGAGGAGACCUGUGGAUCAGCUGGGAGGAGGGCAUGAAGGUGUUCGAGGAGCUGCUGCUCGAUGCAGACUGGAGCGUUAACGCCGGCAGCUGGAUGUGGCUCUCCUGCAGCUCCUUCUUCCAGCAGUUCUUCCACUGCUACUGCCCAGUGGGCUUCGGCCGACGCACAGACCCCAACGGGGAUUACAUAAGGCGCUACUUGCCCAUUCUGAGAGGGUUUCCUGCCAAGUAUAUUUAUGACCCCUGGAACGCUCCGGAGAGUGUGCAGAAAGCAGCCAAGUGCAUCAUCGGGGUGCAUUACCCCAAGCCCAUGGUGCACCAUGCAGAGGCCAGCCGCCUCAACAUCGAGAGGAUGAAACAGAUCUACCAGCAGCUCUCCUGUUACAGAGGCCUCGGCCUCUUGGCGACAGUCCCGUCCAACAUGAACAGUAACGGUAACACAGAGAUGUCCUCAGACGUGGUCGGUUACUCUGUGAGGUCCACGCACGACGCUGCACCGUCAUCAGGCUACGAGCUGCCGGUUCAGAACGAGGAGCAGUGGCAGAGCGGGGUCAUGAUGUACCUGCAGGGGGAUCAGCAGACCAGCAUGUCCACACACCAGCAGGGGACCAGUGCAGGAGUGAUGUGUUACUCUCAAGGCUCACAACAGAUACCCGGUCCUGCUCUCAAGACCCACGGCAGCUCUCAGACCAGCAUCAAACGGCACAGUGAAGACUCGGUGAACUUCAGAGGCUCUAAAGUCCUGAGACAGAGCACCCACUAAAGAGGAGAGUCUCCAGACUUCGCUGUGACUCACGUCGUGUCCUCAUUCUGACCCGACAUGGACCUUUUAAGACUUUUGUUACAGCACCGCACUGUUGCAUGAGCAAACGCUCAGAAGGACCCGUCAUACAAACACACACACACGCACAUGGACACACAGACACUAUCUGGACUGUACAUUCUCAAUGGGACCGCACGGCGGCCCUGCAGCGGGAGCGUCACACUGUGCUCGUGGUGGACGGGACAAAAAGUCUUGUGUAAAUAAAGAAUUUGCUAAUAUCUGCUCACAUACAAACGUGUACAUAUUUGGAUAUUGUAUGUGUUUACUCUCUUUGUGUAGCCAUAGACUCAUUGAUAUAUUUUUGAUAUGACAGAUCAUUGUGGAUGGAUCUUUCUUUUAUGGAAACUUUUCAAUAAAAUAUGAAAACAUUUAUAGUCCGUCCAUGAAAAGCUAAAUAAUCCUGUAUCUAUAAUAAGAACAGCUGCUCGUCUGCUCGUUUAUUCUUCUUCCCACUUCUCUCUCUUCUUUGAGCCAUCCAAUGUUUCUAUGGACAGACGUGUUUGAUCAUUCCCUCCCUCUAUCUCAGAGCUUGUUUUGUUCCUUCUCACUGUAGAGGCAAUAUCAGUAAGACGUUAUCUAUCCAGUCGUUGCCCGUGUUAAUGGUUAUUGAGAAAAGGCAACUUCAUAUCAUGCCCCCUCUGUAUUACCCUGAUAUGUACCACUGGAGAGACCUGCUCCUCCUUCUUCUUGUUUCUCCUCAAUGUGCUUGUUUGAUUAAAAACUGGUUUAAAUAUA